GUGAAGCUACUUGGUUUUGUUUGGAGAAUGUGUCGAAAUCCGGCAGAACAAUUUAUGUUAAAAAGAUUAAUAAGCUUUACCCAAAAGGGGAAGGAGAUGUUGAUUGUUAGUGACAUUUAUAUGGUAGAUUGAAUAUGAUAGGUUUAUAACAUUACCCCACCUGCCCUUUUUAAAGAUGUUCCGUGUAAGAAAAACGCCUUAUUAGCCAGAGCCCUCUAAUGAUAGGAGAAGUACUUCUAAAUGUAAUGUGUUUCUUGUCACUUCAAGUACAGGCAGGAUGACCAUUUGAAAGGAAUGUUGUUAAUAGAAUUCAUGUAUCAUAUGGCUGUCAUUUUUGUGCAUACUAUUGUAUCCCUUGCUUUUCGCAUAGUGCCUGGAACAUAGUAGGCCUGCACGCAGUAAAUACUGAUGGAUGGAUGAUAGAUGGAUAUUAUUAAAGAAAAUCCUGUUUAUUUAUGAAAGCGUUGGUUUAGUUCCAUGUUUAGGUUUUGCUAGAGAGUUUUCAGUUCUGAUACCUGUGUAAUCUAGUUAAUGAGAAGAAACGUGCUUUAGUUUGAAUUUCAGAAGCUAAAACAAAGGCUUCAAGUGCUAUUUGAAAAAUAGCAGAUGUGACCUUCAUUCAGACAUAUAAAUUAUUUACCUAUGACAAUUUAGUUUCUUUUUUCCUUUCUGUUGCUUCGUUAGCAGCAUGUAACAAAGUGUGGGGCAGAAAGUUAAUAAGGAGACAGAGUAAUUACUUCUCACUUCCUCAGUAAGAAUAGUGGUGUGCAGGGUAUAGAGUUAUAGAAGAGAUUGGCAAAAUGUCAUAAAACAGCCUUCUUCUUCUUCUUUUUUCUUGCUGCUGACUAUUUAUUAAUCCAGAGACUAAUUAAUUAUACAUGACAUUUUUAUUAGAGAGUUUGUACGUUUGCAGAAAAAUCGUGUAAAAAAUACAGUGUUCCCGGCUGCUUGUUUUGUUAUUUGAAUCCUUAAGAUGCUGGAACCAGUGAAGUCCACUCCAGCCCCGAGGAAAGGCUCCAAGAAGGAAGUGACUAAAGCCCAGAAGAAGAAGCAAAAGCACAGCUGCAAGGAGAGCUACUUGGUCUACUUGUACAAGGUGCUGAAGCAGGUCCACCCUAACACUGGCAUCUCGACCAAAGCUAUGGGCUUCAUGAACUCCUUCAUCAGCGAUAUCUUCGAACAUAUUGCAGGCGAGGCUUUGCACCUGGCGCAUUACAACAAACAUUCCACCAUCACCUCCAGGGAGAUCCAGACUGCCGUGCGCCUGCUGCUCCCUGGGGAGUUGGCCAAGCACACUGUAUCUGAGGGCACCAAGGCCAUCACCAAGUAUGCCAGCUCCAAGUAAACUUGCCAAGAGGAGCAAACAGGCUUUAGACGUGUCUUUUCUACCACUGGUCGCUGCUGGACACUGUUUUAACUCACAAAUAAACCAAUGGAAAUAAGUGAUACUGGAGGAAGAUAAACGGAAGAAUUUUUAACAAUCAAGGAAGGAUCAAUAAGCACCUGGCUAAAACAUUUUCUUUUU